CAGAACUCUGACGAUGAAGCCUCUUUCGGCCCUCCUCCUUCUCCUGGUUCCCAUGGUGACCAGUGGCCAGGAGCUCAUCCUCCCGGUGGACUGCAGCGACAUCUACAACAGUGAUGCCACCCAACUCAGUGGAGUGUACAUCAUCUACCCCAUCGGAGCCACGUCUGCUGUCCAGGUGCACUGCGACAUGGACUCGCUGGGAGGAGCAUGGACGGUGUUCCAGAGGAGGAUGGACGGCUCGGUGAACUUCUACCGAGGCUGGGACCAGUACAAGAUAGGCUUCGGGAUCGCUGGUGGAGAGUACUGGCUCGGUCUGCAGAGUCUCUUCCACCUCAGUCUGCAGAGGAAGUACGAGCUGCUGGUUGACAUGGAGGACUUUGAAGGAAACAAGGCCUCUGCUCGGUGGGCCUCCUUCUCCAUCGGCCCAGAGUCCAAGGGAUACACACUGCAUGUGUCUGGAUUCACCGAUGGAGGGGCAGGAGACUCUCUGCAUCAUCACAAUGGACACAAGUUCUCCACAUUCGACAGAGACCAGGACGCCUGGGACGGCGAGUGUGCCAGGACCUACCUGGGGGCGUUCUGGUACAACCACUGUCACCGGGCCAACCCUAACGGGGUGUACCGCUGGGGGGCCGACAGCCACCUGUACGCCGUCGGGGUGGAGUGGUACGCCUGGAAGGGCCAUUACUACUCCCUGAAGACCAUCAGCAUGAAGAUCCGUCCGGUGCAGUAGGCCUGCAGGACAGAGCUCCUCUCUCCUCCCUCUCAUCCCUCCUGUACAAUAAUGCCAUGAUCUUUGAAUGUAAAACAUGGAGCACAGGCUUACUGUACGUGAAGAUUUCCACCUUAAGUUCCAAUGAUUCACU